GCAAAUUUCAACAAUUUGACUACUCUUCGAAGAGUGAAAACUUACGACAUUACAAAAGCCAAAAACCGCCGGAAUAUAAUCUAUGCAACGUCCGCGUUCCAUUGCAGUUGUUUUUUGGCACACGUGAUAUAAUCCUGACAAAGAAGGACCUCGAACAUCUGACCCGGAAGCUGGUGAAUGCCAAAUAUAAAUUACAUGAAUUACGCGGAUUAAAUCACAUAGACCUAUUAUACUCUACGGUAGCGCCACGCCUAAUUUACAAGCAUAUUAUCAACAAUAUCAGUCAUUUAUUUUCCUGAAAAUGCGGCAAUAUAUUAUAAUUCCCCGAGAGUAGAUAUGUAGUUGUAAAUUAUAAUUAUAAAAGAAUAUAGUUUUAGAUUUAGAUGGGCGUUCGUUAACGUUAAUUUACAUUCACAUUGUGGGAAAAUAUUUUUUUAAACCAGUAAAAGUUCUUAAAUUUAGAAAUUGAAAUUGCAAAUUGUCUGCAGUGUGGUAAGGCAAGGUGUGUGUUUUUCGCGCCAGCUAGUCUUCUAAUUACCGCCAUUUAUUAUUUCACAAAAGUUAAGCUGACAUCUUUGUAUUCUCUCUCAAUCUCCGCACUGCAAAACAGAUCCCAAAAUCCUCACUGAGUCUGCUGCUGUGGAUGUUUGCUUCGGACCUUCGGUCUCCCCAAUGCGCCUUACAUCAUUUUGUAAACGAUUGAUGAUCUUGUAGGGCCCCAAGAACUUAUAAGCAAACUACAAGCCUGGGCGCUGCUGCGUCUGGCGAAUGGCGACUAUAUUUACUUCUUGGUACAGUGGUGCACUCAUUUUCUAAACUUCGCCUAUUCUAUUCUUGGCUGUGCAUAAUUUUAUCAUGAGCAUUCUUGCGCAAAUAGUUCUGAUAACCGCCGGUCGUCCUUAACAUAUGCUUCGACUCCGAACAAAUGUCUUAAUGGUGUAGUUGCAGUACUUCGGUGCGUUGUAUUCAACAGUCUCUAGUGACGGUACCAUUUAUCAGGUUUCGGAGGAGAUAACUUUUCAAUAAGUGGAAUCAGCGUAUGAUUCACCUUUUCGAUUUGAACAUUAGCUUGCGGGAUGCGCGUCGUCAUUAGCUCGUGACGAAUUUCUUAAUCACGGCAAUAUGCAGGAAAUUCCUUCGAUGUGAACUCAGCGACUCUGUCACUAACGAUGCGUCUGGUAAAAGUACUAGCUUACCUUCAUAGUCUUUCGAUCACCUCAACCGUUGUUAUUGAUUUCGUCGCAUACAGCCAAACAAACUUAGUGAAUGCGUCGAUGACUGCAAAAAUAUGUUUGUAGGACUUUCUCGUCGAUGGGAGUGGGCUCCUUAUUGUUUGGAUUAAAAAAUCGUCCAGGUUUAUCAGUAUUCCGUUCAGAUAAGAUGCACGACAAGCAGAUCUGGAUGAUCUUCUCAAGUUUCCGUUACAAACCUGGGAUUCAAUAAACAUCUUCGACCAGUGUCUAUGUCUUUUCAACAGAAAAGUGCCCUCGCUCGUGUGCCUUCCGAAUAACCUACGCCUGCAUUGACUUUUGUACAAAGAUGCGUGAUUCAUCCCCUACGUCUUUGUACAAUAGUCCUCGCCAAAGGCUAUAGCCGCCAUGCACACCUUUAUCUGCUAAUGCUAUCUUCUCAUCAUUGUAUAGGCUUACA